AUGGCUAGUAUUUCGAAUUCAACUGUGUCCCUUGGAAUCCACGGAAACCCUAGCUUCCUGAAUUUUGAGGUCUCGUUUCUCAGUGUUCCUGUACUUUUACUUUUCGUUCCACUUUUCUAUAUUCCUGCUACAAGUGUAGUGGUUUUUCGAAUCGCAGUAAAAUCGAUAGCAGCAACUAAAGUGAACAAUGUAAACGUUCAAUUGUUCAGUGCAAUCACUUUAUCACAUAUUAUGUGUCUCCUAUUUUUCUUUGCUGACUUUAUGUAUCUUCGCCUUCCACUAUCCGGUCUUCUAACCAGUUGGUGCGCUAGUCUACAACCUAGCGGAUUUCUAGUGAUUCUUGUCAUUAUCGUUUAUCAUAUCAAUUACAUCGUGGUUAUACUCCCUUUCCUUGUCGCUGUCAUCCGAUUAAUUUCGAUUUUAUCACCACAGAGACAUCACAAGAUUCGAAACACACUGGGUUUAAUCUUCAACACCUUUUUCUGGUUAUUGGCUUGUUUGAUAAUCAAUAUCAUACUCAUUGUCAAGCUCGUGAAGCUAAAACAUGCUCUUGGCCAGCAUGCGAAAUCUCAGGCGUCUCAUAAAGCAGAAAUCUCAUUGACAAUAACCAGUGUGGCAAUGGCAUUUGCCUAUGUGACCAAUGGAAUGAUUGCGCUCGGUGGAAUUAUCUUCCCGUCGUAUUCAGUUUUUCUCAUUGUCCUUCGACCAUUUAUGAACGACUUGGAUACAUGUCUCACCCCAUGGAUUUUCUAUCUGACUCAUCCCAUUUUUAAGAAAAAAUCAGAAGUGUCAAUUGUUGUAUCGACUCAUCGAACUCAUUCCUAA